AUGUCCCCCCUGUGGCGCAGCACGAGCAUGGACCCGGGGUCGCUGGGUGCUGGAGGGGGUAGGCAGCCCAGGACGGGGUCGGAGCAGCGGGCAGCACAGGACAUGCGCAUGUGGAUUGAGCGGGCCAGUAACCCCAAGAUGGACGAAUGGCUGUCGCAGGUCGUCUCCAGCUCACCCCCACCCGUCCCGCGUGCCGUGAAGAAAUCCAGCAGCGGCGGCACCACCCCUCCGCAGCACUCUGCCGACCGGCCCCCUUUACAGUCACACUCGCGCUCGCCGUCCCACUCACACGUGCCGUCCCCUCCCCAACAGCAUCCCUCCCCUUCCCAGCAGCAGCAGCAGCAGCAGCAGCAGCAGCAGCAGCAGCGCAAGUCCCUUAGACGCAUGCAGAGCUCUCCCUCCCUGUCCCCCAUCACGAGCCCAACUGGGGAGGAGAGCGAGAACAUGUUUCGAGAGGAUGGUGGGGAGGACGGGGAGGAGGAGGAGGAAGAGGAGGAGAGUGAGGUGGUGAGGGGUAGCUGGAGGAGCGACAGGAGAGGGGCAGCAGAUGUGAUGACACAUCGGUCGGUGUAUGAUGAGUCUAUGGAGGCGCUGAAAUGA